AUGAAAGUAAAUAAUUUUCUAUUAAUCUAUUUUUUAUGUAAAUUAUAUUUUAUUGAGACUUGCAUUAGAGCUCGGAUUGAUGAUACUGUAACUACAAGACGAUUUCCACGUACAACUACACGUUCUGUUACCAGAACAACAACAAGAAGGCAAUCUACUAGUACUACUAUUGCUUCUAUUACAACUACAACUACUAAAAGACCAUUUUGUGGAAAUAUAAGAGGUAGAGCUAGAUUAUACAUUGAUCCUAGUGCCACAGCUACCGGUGUAACAAAUUCUAUUUUUGGAACUAAAGCUGGUAUAGAAUGUCCAUUAUGUGGUAAUACAAAAUAUUUUGCAUCCGCACAAAGUGAUGUAUUUGAUGGUUCUGAUACAUCUGGAGCAAUCAAUACAUAUCAGUGUCCUAUUGAUCAAAAAUUAUGUUUAUGUGAUCAAAAUUUUAAGUGUUUUGAGGAAAAUAAUCCUACUGUAGGAACAACUUUAUAUCCAUACUGUACAACACCUACUAGUUGUUAUGUAUAUUCUAUACUUUCUGCACAGAGUGACGCAAAUGGUGUAUUUCCUUCUGGUGGUGGUAAAGGAUGGACUCCAGCUAAUACAACAACUCCUAAUUUUACAUUUAAAAGUGUCAGAUCGGGAGUUUUUGAAAAAGUAUCAGCAAUUUCAUGUAAUGGAUGCCCAGUUAAUUUAUCAGAUAAGAAAUGUUUACCAAAUCAGCCAACUUUUUAA